AUGCCGUCUCCAGAGGCAUCCCCAUCAUCGCCGGCAGAUGCUCCUGGCACAACAACCGACGCACCGCCCGCUGCUGCUGCUGGCACCGAGUCUGCUGCCGUUCAUGGCGCCUCGCUGCUCAUCACCCUGCAGAUCGCCUCGCGCGCCCUCACCUUUCUCGCCAACCAGCUCCUCCUGCGCUAUCUGACCGCUGCGCUCCUCGGCCUGUCUGCCCAGCUCGAGGUCUACUACCUUUCCGUACUCUUCUUCGCCCGUGAGAGCCUGCGCGUCGCCAUCCAGCGCCAGAGCCCCUCGAGAGCCCGCUCCCGCACCCCCAUCCACCAGGCCGUCGUCAACCUAGGCUACCUUGCCGUCAUCCUAGGAUGCUUUGUCUCUGUUGGCUUGGGCGCCCUCUACCUGUCCUCUGUGGAGCAGGCCACCCUCGAGACGCCUUAUUUCGUCCUGUCCCUCCGCAUCUAUGGUGCCGCCGCCAUCAUCGAGCUGCUCGCUGAGCCCAUCUUCGUGCUGAUGCAGACGCGUCUCGAGUUCGGCACCCGCGCCAGCGCCGAGUCCAUCGCCACCUUCCUGCGGUGCAUCGUCACCUUUGCCGCCGCGCUUUCUGCCUCCCGGUCCGGCCUGCAGCUCGGCGUCCUUCCCUUCGCGCUCGGCCAGCUCGCCUAUGGCGUUGCCCUUCUGCUCGUGUACCUGGGCGCCGGCGUCCGUCUCGCCUCGACCGCCGAGACGGGCAACAGCUUCUCGCUGCUGCCGCGUACACUCACCACCGAGGGGUCAGGUGCUGACUACGUCUUGUCGUACUUUUACCGCCCCACCCUCCGUCUGGCCUCGUCCAUGAUGGCACAGAGCCUCGUCAAGCACGUCCUCACUCAAGGCGACACCUUUCUCGUCUCCAUCCUGUCGACGCCCCAGGCCCAGGGUGUCUACGCUCUGGCCAACAACUACGGCGGUCUGCUCGCGCGCCUCGUGUUCCAGCCCGUCGAGGAGAGCAGCCGCAGCUACUUCAGCCGGCUCCUCUCGGCGGGGCCGACGACGUCUUCUGAGACAUCUGUCGAAAAGGUCGCACAGGCGUCCCCGGCCGCCGACAAGACACGCGGCAAGCCCCCCAAGGAAGCCGUCACCACCGCUGCCGCACACCUGCACACGCUGCUGCGCCUCUGCGUCCUCGUCGGCGCCCUCAUCCUCACGGCCGGCCCCGCUGCCGCGCCGCCGCUCCUCGCCCUCGUCGCCGGGCCGCGCUGGGUCCGCGACGGCGCCGGCGCCGCCCUGGCCACGUACUGCUACUACAUCCCGCUCCUCGCCCUCAACGGCGUCGCCGAGGCCUUUGUCGCCUCGGUCGCCACCGAGGCCCAGGUCCACGCCCAGUCGGCCUGGAUGGGCGUCUUCUCGCUGGCCUUUGCCGCCGCCGGGUUCGUCUUCUUGCGCGUCCUCGGCCUCGGCGCCCGCGGCCUCGUCUUUGCCAACUGCAUCAACAUGGCCUGCCGCAUCGUCUGGAGCCUCGCCUUUGUGCGCCGCUACUUUCGCGACGCCGGCGUGCCCUUCUCCCUCGCCCGCCUCGGCCCCGCCAACCUCACGGCCGUCGUCGUCUUUGUGGCGCCGAGGCUUGUCGAGAUGCUCACGGGGAUCACGGCGCAGAGCGCUGGCGGCAUCAGGGACGUCAUCAAAGUGGGCGUGGCGGCCGUUCCAUUCGUGCUGCUAGUUUUAUUCGCCGAGCGCGAUUUUCUCCUGCAAUGCUACCAAGCGGCCAGGAAAAGGAAGACAGAAUAG